CCGCUGCAUCUACACCCUGCGAUCAGCAUGCAAGGACUCACGCCAGAUCAGCUCUCCUUUUUCCAGGACAAUGGUUAUCUGAUCAUCCCCGAUGCACUUUCACAGGACACGGUCAAGGAGCUAUUGGCCCACACCAACCAGAAGUUGGAUGACUUCUCGCUCGAAGGCCACCCCAUGACCAAAUUCUCUACCGGUGGCGACGAUGGCGCAGACCAUGUAGGCGACGCCUACUUUCUCGAAUCGGGGGACAAGAUACGCUAUUUCUUCGAAGAAGACGCUUUCGAUGCAUCAGGCAACCUCACCAAGCCAAAACAGCGCGCAAUAAAUAAGAUUGGUCACUAUCUGCACGAACUAUCUCCGCCCUUCCGCGAUAUCUCACUCUCGGAACAAAAUGCCGCCAUCGCGAAAUCGCUCGGUUUCGAAGAUCCGCGAGUCCUGCAAUCUAUGGUCAUAUGCAAGCAGCCGGAAAUAGGUGGCGCCGUGGGCCCACACCAAGACAGCACCUUUUUGUAUACCGAUCCACCAAGCGCGGUCGGGUGGUGGUUUGCCCUCGAGGACACGACGCAAGAGAACGGGUGUUUGAGUUUCGCAAGCGGGAGCCAUAAGCGUUCUCCAAUUUCGAGGCGAUUCGUGCGGACAGGCGAGCGGGGCAAGGAAGGUACUGGGUUCAUCGAAAACGGCGGUGCGAAGUUCCCCGCGGAACUGCAGGGUGAGACUGCUACAAGCGGCGAGGACGAGGAGGUGUAUACAAUGGGUGAAGUCAAAGCCGGAACACUUGUCUUGAUCCACGGCAAUGUUCUGCACAAGAGCGAGAAGAACCUGAGCCAGAAGAGCCGUUUUAUCUACACUUUCCACGUCAUCGAAGGAACCCAAAAGUAUGAUGAACGGAACUGGUUGCAGCCUCCUGAGAAGGGCUUUUCGAGACUGUACGGCAGCUCGUAG